UAUGAAAACAACAUUACUGCUUGAUAAAAAUCAGAGUUUAAUUUUAAAUAAAAACUAUAAAUUAUUCUUAUCUGCUACCUUUAAAUUUGCUUUUCAUAUAGCAGACAUUUGUGUGCCGUACUGAUUCUGAAGUUUACAUAAGUACCUACUCAAGAUAAGGAAAGUUUUCUGCAUAUUACCCUCUUGAUGGUCUGAUAAAAUGUUGUCGUCUCUGAUAAAAGAACACCAAGCUAAACAGGCUGCCAAACGUGUCAUUCAAGAACAGAAAAGAAAAGAAUGCAUCGCAGCUGCCAAUGAGUUAACCCAGGCACUGGUAGAUCAUCUUAAUGUUGGGGUAGCUCAGGCGUACUUAAAUCAAAAGAAAUUAGAUGCCGAAGCAAAGUUAUUACACCAAGGAGCUAUAAACUUUUCGAAGCAGACACAGCAGUGGUUAGCACUCGUCGAGAACUUUAGUAGCGCGUUAAAAGAAAUAGGUGAUGUCGAAAACUGGGCCCGGAGUAUAGAGAGUGAUAUGAAAAUUAUUACUGACACACUGGAAAGGGCUUACGAGACCACUCAGGAAACACCCAGUAAUAGCACACAAUAAAUAAAGUAAGAAUUA